AUGACCUUGCUCAAUCCUUCAGUAGUACUCAACAAAAUUGACGAAAUCGUCAUUGAGGACAGACCAGUUCCCAAAAUCGAAGACCCUCACUAUGUCAAGAUAGCUAUUAAAAAAACAGGAAUCUGUGGCUCGGACGUCCAUUACUACGUCCACGGUUGCUGUGGUUCAUUUGUGGUUACUGCCCCAAUGGUGCUCGGGCAUGAAUCUGCCGGUGAGGUUGUUGAGGUCGGUUCGGCUGUUAAGACCCUCAAAGUUGGCGAUCGUGUUGCCUGUGAGCCUGGUAUACCAUCACGGUAUUCCGCGGAAUACAAAAGCGGCAACUACAACCUCGACCCUGACAUGGCUUUUGCCGCAACGCCCCCUUACGAUGGAACACUAUGUCGAUACUAUCUUCUUCCAGAGGAUUACUGUGUGAAAUUGCCCGAUCAUGUUACAUUAGAGGAGGGCGCUUUGGUCGAGCCUCUGUCUGUUGGAGUCCAUUCUUGCAGACUAGCAGAUGUUAAAUUUGGUGACAAAUUGGUUGUUUUUGGAGCCGGUCCAGUGGGAUUGCUUGUUGCUGCUGUAGGAAAGGCCUUCGGUGCUACUGAUGUUCUGAUCGUUGACAUCGUUGAAGACAAACUACAAUUUGCCAAAAAGCUUGGUGUUGCUACACACAUCUACAACUCUUCAGGGGAUAGAGGAAAAUCACUAACUGAAACAAAGGAGCUUCACAAGGCAGCUUUUGGCGACCAAUUGGCCACCGUUGCAAUUGAAGCUACUGGAAACGAGUACUGUAUUGCCUCGGCAUUGCAUUUGCUCGCACCAAAAGGGAGAUAUGUCCAGGUUGGUAUGGGCAAGGAGAACCUAGGAUUGUUCCCCAUGGGAAUUGUAGGCGAAAAGGAACUCACCAUCAAGGGCUGCUUCAGAUAUUCUGUUGGUGAUUACGAGACUGCGGUCGGUUUAAUCGCUUCAGGAAAGGUCCAGGUCAAGGAGCUGGUGACACACCGGUUCAAGUUUGAACAGGCCAUCGAGGCUUACGAAGUGGUGAAGUCUGGAAAGGCCAUCAAGGCGAUUAUUGAUGGGCCAGAAUGA